AACAAUACUUUUCACUGUUUCAUCCAUCAUUCAGAAUUUUACAAUCAAAGCAAUAGUAUGUGUUUGUGUGCACAUGUGUGCUACGAAUCUGUCGGGAGACUUAUAAAUAGAUAAAAGAUUGUGGGUUAAAAAUAGUAUUCAUGUGGAGAUCAAUACGUAACCAUCUUUAUCACCAUGGGAACAGGAUCUAUGUCUCACAUUUCCAAUGUUGGCCAAACAUGUCAAACGGCUGAACUGUUAACACUGUCUAUAAAUCAAUCGGAACAUAAUACUGAAUGGUAGAAAUGUCAUGCUCUUUUGUCUAUACUGGCAAAGUUCGCAAGAAUUGGCAAGCAAAUUCAAAUCACGACUUUAAAAUGUAUGUGGGUUUUAUCCAGUUUUUAUUGAUUGAAAAAAGCGACAUGGAGCAGUAAAAAUAUGUAUAUUAAUGGCUGCUCCAGUAAAUAGCCGAGAAGUAAAGUAUUAGCACAAACAUGUGGCAGAAUACUUUUACAGCCUCCCAAUAAUCCAUAAAAGUAUCUUAAGAUGUGGAUAAGAGAGUAAUGUUCAUCUAUAAUCACAUAUUUACAUAUUUGAGUGCAAAGCUGAAGCCCAGAUGGUAAGAUAAAUAUGCAACACCUUAAUAUAGAUUUAUAACGGCACAUUAUGGACCAUAACUGCUUAUUUUUAUUGUUGUAUUCUGUUCCUCCUCACUGCUACAUUAUACCACACUGGAUCUGACAAGGCUGCUCUGGCGGCCUCUGCUGCAAGUAAGGACACACAGACGCCAUUUUUAUUACCACCUACUGCAUAAGGCAGACGUACAUUUACCUUAAUGAAUGUCCUGCCAUCUGCUGGCUAUGAUGUGUGCAUGCUGUAACUUCUCCCUAAUGACAACAAUUGAGGCUUCACUAAAAUAACGUUUUGGUCAGCUUCCUGCCAAAACCUAAAGAAAGAAACCGGAACUAACAUGUUAUCAGUCACUAUCUCAAACUGUAAAUGUACAAUGAAUGGACUGUAAAUGUUUAACAUAGGUGCUGAUGAUUGAAUGUCUGUCUUUGUUGCCAACCAUUGGAGGUCAUGCAAGCAUAAAGCCUCUCUACACCCACACAGGUGUUUUCAGUUAUUGACUCAUUAUAGGAUCAGGUUGCAUGUGGCCAAAGCUUUGUUUGGAAUUACAACUCUUCAUCUACCAAUAAGAAUGAUAUGGGUGCAAUUUGUCCCGCCCUGACAGGUGAAAGAAAGCUAACAGGACACUCAGGGAGAUGUCAAUCAAUUAGUCUUCACACAUCCACACAGUUCUGAGAAGAGCGCUAAUCAGCCAGAUUAACUGAAAACACCUGUCUGGGUGUUCAGAGGCUGUAAACUCUUAAAACCAUCAGCAGCAAAACCUAAUUUUUCUGUUACUGCACUUUAACGUUUCCACAGAAGAGAGGCUGCAUGACGUAAUGAAAUGUUGGGUUGAUGUGAAUACAUCGAACAAGGACAAGAGGACGUUGAAUGUGUUUGAGCUUAUCACUGCAAGGAAAAGACAGCUCACCACAGCUGUGAAGCUUCAUCGUCGGGACCAUGUUCUCCUCUGCUGUCCCGUACAAAAACCAGCACUACUCUGAGCUGAAGAGCAACUGUAUCAACGACAAGAAGCUAUUUGAGGAUCCAGAGUUCCCAGCCACAAAUACAUCGCUGUACUAUAAGAAACCACCUCCUGGUUAUGUGGAGUGGAAACGUCCAGGGGAGAUAAGCAGUGAUCCCCAUCUGUUUGUGAAGGGCAUCAGCUCCCAUGACCUGAACCAGGGAGUUGUGGGAAACUGUUGGUUCGUUGCAGCCUGCUCCUGCCUGGCUUUGAAGCCAAACCUCUGGAAGAAGGUAAUUCCUGACCACACGACGCAGGAGUGGGAUCAAAAACACCCGGAGAACUAUGCUGGAAUCUUCCACUUUCAGUUUUGGGUGUUUGGAGAGUGGGUGGAUGUGGUGGUGGACGACCAGCUGCCGACAGUCAACGGUGAACUCAUCUACUGUCACUCAAAAGACAACAACGAAUUCUGGAGUGCUCUGCUGGAGAAGGCCUACGCCAAGCUUACUGGCUCCUAUGAGGCCUUGGUGGGGGGAAACACCGGAGAUGCUGUGGUGGAUUUCAGUGGAGCUGUGGCGGAAGCCAUCGACCUGGAGAAAGAUGCUUACUAUAAGGACCAGGAAAAACAAGACCAGCUGUUUGAGGAUCUGCUAAAGGCCUACGACCGUGGAGGAAUGAUAAGCUGUUCAAUUACGGCACAGCCUCAUGAGAUUGAAGCCCGAAUGUCAAACGGCCUGGUGAAAGGCCAUGCAUACUCGGUAACUGCAGUGAAGAAAGUGCGUGUGGGUCACGGACUGCUGGCCUACUUCAGGAAUGAAACCAUUCCUCUGAUCCGCAUGAGGAACCCCUGGGGCAAGACUGAGUGGAAAGGAGCCUGGAGUGACAGCUCUGAGGAAUGGUCUAAGGUUGGUGAUCUGGAGAGGGGCAAUCUUGGCAUCACAGUAGAGGACGAUGGGGAGUUUUGGAUGGAAUUCACAGACUGGUGCAAGUUCUUUACAAAUGCAGAUGUUUGCCGUCUCAUCAAUACCUCUCUGAUCACUGUCCAUAAGAAUUGGAAUGAGGUUAUGCACUUCGGGAGCUGGACCAAAAACGCUGAGCCGCUCUUAAACCGCUGCGGUGGCUGCGCGAACCACAAGCUGACAUACCUGCAGAACCCGCAGUACUUGUUUGAUGUUACAAAGGAGGCCGACGAGGUUCUGAUUGCUUUGCAACAGAAAGACAUGAAGAGCCACAGAAAAUAUGGUCAAGGAGAAAAUCUAGUCAUUGGCUUCAGUAUCCUCAAGGUGGAACUGAACAGGAAGUAUCGGAUGCACGACAUCCUGACCCAGCAGUCUGUGGAGACGUCCGCCUACAUCAACGCUCGGGCGGUGUUCUUGAGAUGCACGCUCCAACAGGGCCGCUACGUCAUCAUCCCCACCACCUUCAAGCCUUACACGCUGGGGGACUACAUGCUCCGAGUUUUCACCGAUGUUGACUCAGGCUGCAGGGAUCUGACGGAUGAUAAGCCGAUGGUAAAAUGCUGGAGUUCAUUCCUUGGAUACCCACAAGUUGUGACUCACGUCUACGUCCACGGAGCUGAGGAGCUGCAGAACCAGGACCGUACAGGAGGUGCAGACCCGUAUGUCAUUAUAUCCUGUGAGGGCCGGUCAGUACGAUCCACCAUCAAGUUGGACACCCUGCAACCAGAGUUUACAACCAGCGGCAUUUUCUUCAGGAAGAAGCCCAGAAAGCCCAUAACUGUGGAGGUGUGGAACAGCAACGGAGUGAAGGACGAGUUCAUGGGCCAAGUGGUGCUGUCCGGGUCGGUGAAGGACACCUCCGAGCCUCAGAGGCUUCAGCUGAGGAAGCGAGGACGGCAGAUGGCUGACGAGAUGCCCGGUAACAUCAGUGUGCGGAUUAUCACGUCCACUCAGCUGACCGCUAUGUGAUCUCAUCACUGACCUGAGCGAGGCCCAAAUCGUUUUUUAAGUGUUGAACUAUGUGGUGAACAUCUUGUGAAACUUACUUGGCAUGUGCCGUCAUCGAAGCACCGAGAACAGUUGUGGUUUAACUUGCUUUCUGCUGUUUGAUGUCCAUGCUUGUGCCUGAUUUUACACUAUAAUUUGCAUGUUAAUGAAUUGUUUGCAAAGUUGACAGGUGAGCAGGGCAGUUCGCGACAGAGUGAAUGUCAAUUCCUGUCAUUUUUAUCCAAAUGUUUCAUCUUUUAAAUUCUCUUACUUUUUAAAUCAUUGUGUAACUUGUGAAGUAUUUUUAUAUUGACGUUUUGUAAGUUGCGUUCAAAGAUAUCAUUCCUUUUUUUUUUUUUUUAUGUUGCACUAUAGAUACUGUGAGUGAUAUGGCAGUAAUAUGUCAUUCAAGUCUUAACAUACAUAAGCUUAAUUUUGUCUAUGUUCACCUUUAUGCAUAGAAACUCGUACAAGACAUGAUAAUGUAUCAUCUAAUCUUCUGUAAUGCUCCUUUCUUCCAUCAGUUUAUAUCAUGUUUUAUUCUCAUGAUUAUUAAAAAAAAUGCAAAACACUGAAUGGCAGAAAUAAUUGAAAGAAGUUCAACCUCAGAAUCACAGUAGCAUUAACACAACUCUGGUUUUCUUCCUCUUUUUAUUUCAGUCCAGUUCCCAAACUGCAAUAUUUUGUUUUUUACACUCAAGACACAGCCAUGCACAAUUCAAAGUUCAAAAAGUCUAUUGCUUCAACCACAAUUAAAAAUAGUUUAUCCAAAA